AUACAUAUUAAAAUAUGAAUUCAAGGGACUGCGGCCCGUCAUUCUAGAAUUCCCACUCGUCCAAGUCCCCUCCAGGCUAAAGUUGAUGUCCAGAAAUCCACGUGUAAGCCUGAGGCCCAACCGUCCUUGUGAGAGCCUUCUGCCGUCACCGUCGUUAUAGCACGGCUCCUUUUAGCAAAUAAAACAGAACCCGCUGCCUUUCGUGCUCUCAAAUUUUCUCAUUUUCUUUUUGUGUUUUCCAUAGAAUCAAUCAGUAACCAAAAGCCUCCAUUUGCUUCCUCCUCCUCCUCCUCCUCUCUCUCUCUCUCUCUCUCACUGAGCGGAGCUCGAACGAGGAGGCAAUUCUGUCAAUACAUGCUUUACGUUAAUUGAAUAAAAGCUAAAAGAAAGAGCCAUGCAGAAGGAUCAUGGUAAUAGUGGCCCAUCAUCAGUCACUGGACGGUUUCGACAUCGUAAACGCUCGAAUGAGGUUCCUUCGGAAACUAGCAAGGUAAAUGGAAGCCAUUUACUUGUUCAUGAUCGAAACAAAUACAAGUCAUUUUUGGUUCGAGCAUAUUCAACUAUUUGGAUGAUCGGGGGCUUUGCAUUCAUUAUCUACAUGGGCCAUCUCUAUAUAUGGGCCAUGGUGGUGGUUAUCCAAAUCUUCAUGGCGAGAGAGCUGUUCAGUCUACUCAGGAAAGCCCAUGAAGAUAGCCAUCUCCCAGGAUUCAGGCUACUAAAUUGGCACUUUUUUUUCACUGCAAUGCUGUUUGUUUAUGGCCGUAUUCUCAGCCAACGGCUUGUGAAUACCGUAACUUCAGACAAAUUUUUGUAUCAGUUUGUGAGCAGCCUUAUCAAGUAUCAAAUGUUUAUCUGCUAUUUCUUGUAUAUUGCAGGUUUCAUGUGGUUCAUUCUUACACUGAAGAAGAAGAUGUACAAGUAUCAAUUUGGCCAGUAUGCAUGGACACACAUGAUUCUAAUUGUUGUUUUCACGCAGUCUUCCUUCACUGUAGCCAAUAUAUUUGAAGGAAUUUUCUGGUUUCUUCUUCCAGCAUCACUUAUCGUAAUCAACGACAUUGCUGCUUAUAUAUUUGGUUUCUUCUUUGGAAAGACACCUUUGAUCAAGUUAUCUCCAAAAAAAACUUGGGAGGGGUUCAUUGGGGCAUCUAUUACUACUAUUAUCUCGGCCUUUUUGCUGGCAAAUGUCAUGGGUCGUUUUCAGUGGCUAACAUGUCCCAGAAAGGAUUUAUCAACUGGUUGGCUUCAUUGUGAUCCUGGUCCUUUAUUUACACCAGAGCAUUUUCCUUUACCCAAGUGGGUUGCUCAAUGGAUUCCUUGGAAAGAGGUCUCAGUUUUGCCUGUUCAAUUGCAUGCCUUAUGUCUCGGUCUGUUUGCGUCUAUAAUAGCACCUUUUGGAGGCUUUUUUGCAAGUGGUUUCAAAAGAGCAUUUAAGAUCAAGGAUUUUGGUGAUAGUAUUCCUGGACAUGGUGGCAUUACUGAUAGAAUGGAUUGCCAGAUGGUGAUGGCUGUGUUUGCAUACAUUUAUCACCAGUCAUUUAUAAUGGCUCAAAACCUCUCGGUUGAGACAAUUUUGGAACAGAUAUUGAUGAACCUGAGUUCUGAGGAGCAGCAAGCUCUGUACAUGAAACUUGGGCAGAUCUUCCAGGAGAGGCAAUUCGGACAGUCUUGAAGCCUCAACAAACCUAAUGAUCAGUCUGAUGUAUAUUUAUUUUCCCUGGGGCAUGUACUGUACAUGAUGUUGUAUACUUUUUCUUAAUUUGUUUUGCUUUCUUCUCUGUUCUAAGCAAAUUUCUUGAAAUAUUUUGGUGUAGCUGUUUUCUUCUUUUUUUCUAUAUAUGCUCUGUACAGUGGUGCACA